AUGACUGAUAUAAGCAGUCUUGAGCGCUCCUACCAACAAAUCACUUUCGUCAAACUCCAGAGACACGCUACGCUGUUCGAAACACUAGACUCAAACUUUCACAUCUGGUCAGAACAGCACGAAACUGUUGUAGAAUCAGGAAGAAAAGAAACUUGCAUACCCUCCGCUGAUGACUAUGAGCACCCACAGCAGCAGGAUCGCCACAACGUUAUGGAACAUCAUUUGAAAACAGCGCCACUAGCAACUGUUAAGAAGGCAAGAUCGCAAAUCUUCUCUGACAAGCAUUUAAAGGCCACAGGACCUUAG